GGCGACGGCUUGUAGUAGCAACGUGCGCGCGCUAGUGUCGGCAUCGGUGCUGCUCUUGCGUGUCCCUUUUAAUAUCCGCCUCCUCUUCCAACUUUUCGAACAACCGGGGAACAACGUUCGUUGCUCGUGAAGAACCGGUUUCUAUCGGUUAGUGGGUAGCGGCGUAAGCUAGCGUGCGGAAUCAUCAGCCCCAGCGAAUUACGAAUAUUAUAGCGAACAUGAGCUCCUCGACGUUUGUCGGGAAUCCGGACGUCAUGGUUGCAGGUCCACCUCCUCCACCGCCUCCUCCACCUCCAGUAUCUGGUCAACUGCCGACUAUGAAGAUAAGCACUGCUGGGAAUGCACCAUCAAAGAGACCGCAGGUAGUUAGCAAUGACGCUUACGAGCCGCCAGCAGCCAUUCAGAACGCGAUGUUAACGAAAGACAAGAAGCCGUUUACGUACACUCCGGGCAUGGGUGGCAAAUUGGAUCUCUCGCAGAUCCGUAGCCCGCGAAUGGCGAGGAGAGUGGCAAAGAACGCCAACGACGAAGGCAUAGAAGGACCGCCGAAAUCCGCUGUCGAGACGAAGCCGUCGUCCGCAGCUACUACCGCAUCGAAUCCGUUUGUGCAACCACAAGUUGCGGUACCUGUCUUUCCUACCAAUGUGCCGCCCCAGCCUUCCCUCAAUAGGGUACCGCAAUCACCUUCGGUUAAUAGGACACCGUCGAAUGCUAUGGACAAGCAAGCUGAACCAACAAAGAAAGUUACGAAAGUGGACACGAAAGCAGCACCGAUUAUAGUAACAUCGAAUCCGAAUACUCCGGAGAGUCCGAGUACCCCAAGUACCCCGACACAAGUCACUUUGGCAAAGGCCCCUACACCUUGGUUGCAAAAUAAGAACAAGCCGCAAGAGGAACUGCCUGAAUGGGCAAAACGCACGAGUGCGAACAAAGCAGCCAACAGCCCGACGGAAAACGCACCCGCUUCGACAGUUUUCGUUCAGGUGCAACAACCGCCCCCGCAGCAGAUGAAACCUGUGCAAGCGAAGCAAAGAGCGGAACAGGAACAACAACCGAUUCAGCAGCAACAGUAUCAGCAACCGCGACAGCAACGGCAGAACACCGAUUCCGCAAUGCCUCGACAAACCAAUCAACAACACGAACGUGUUAUACCGAUUCGAAUCGAGGAUAGACCAUCGGUAUUCGACGUAAAGCACGAAUCUGGCCAUCAUCAGUUUAAGCAGCCAGCUUCAACUUUGCAUCAUCAACAGCGAUGGGGUCAAGUACCCACGCAGCAGACUCAAGUGGGAAAUCAGAUGCAAAAUCGUCCACAAGAGCAGGACCAUUCUCCGAUUCACGUUGCAGCUUCAUCUCGUCCGACCCAACAACCGGUUGGAACAACCUAUAUCAUCCCUCUCGUAGUAGAAGGUAGCGAUAAGAAAACGACGCCGUCUAAUACCGGAAACAGAAUAAUUGUACAGACUGCAAAGCCUAUGCAGCAACAGCAACAACAGCCGCAUUGGGCUCCGGUUCACGAGCCUGGUCCAGUCCAAUCGCGAUCGUUCCGUGUACUUCAGAAAAUUACAGACACGGAUUCUGCAUCCAACGAUGUGGGAACAGAGCAAAUACGUAAAAUGGAGUUAAGUGAGGAUGAGAAGAUACUCAUGAAUAAGUUUAAAGAGCAAGUUGACCACGAAACUUAUCUUCACCAAGAGGAAGAUCCGAGAUAUCGUGGUGCGGCUAUACCUUCUCGAGCUUUUCGAUAUUUACAAAAUAUGACGGACUCGAGUGACGCCUCAGUUAAUUCCGUAGCACCACGUAAUGUUACACAAAACGUUGUGAAUAAGAAACAAAAUAGAAAUUCCAAAUCAUUCGAAGAAACACAGGCGAACUUGCCGCCCAGUGAGCAACAGGUUCAAGAACCGAGGAAGUACAUGGGUAGCGCAAUUCCUUCUCGGUCCUUCAGGAUAUUACAAGCAAUGACAGCACCGGAAAGUGUCGCCACGCAAGAAAAUCGUCAAGCAGAUUACACCUGCCGAACAGAGAAUAACUUGCCGGGAAAUCAGCAGGGUGUACUCUUCCCUCCUCCAUCCGUUCCUAUCUGGUAUCCCGAGGGUUGGUGGGGCUAUUAUCCCGUGCAGUAUAGCGCUCGACUUAACGAGCCCGCGAACGAAACGGAUAAACGUUCCUACCUUCCUUACGCGUGUCCACGGUACCCGGAUGGAAGUACGUACGUCGGUUACGAAUCCUUUUUCCCGGUUUACAAUCAAAAUCCAGCGGACGUCGCGCAGGCAAAUGUUGACUCUCCGAGCCAGUACGGCUACGUGACGAUGUAUCCUCAAAUGAGCUACGACAAUCCAGGUGUUCAACAGCCACCAGUCCAUGCGAACAGCAGCAAUCACUCUUAUGAUCACCUCACCGCCACUGCCACUUCACCAUUCAUUCAGAACGAUAUCUCAUGCGAGCAUCCUGUUCGAAAUGACGCAGUUACUGGGGCAGGCAAUACCGUCCUGCCCAAUGAGAUCAAUCACUUGGACGUACUUGGAUCGCAAUGCAACGGGACAUACAAUUCUGCAAAGAACGUCUGUCGUGGCGAGAACUGCAGCAACGAGGCAAAUGGCAUUAUUACAGCGAUGAAUAUAAUCGACGAGGAAGACGGCAUGUCGAGUAAUGCCAGGAGGCCUGAUAAGGACAGGUCGGGAAAGAAACUCGACCUGCACAUCAACGUACCUAACUACACAUAUGUAGACACGAGCGAUUCCAGUGAAUCCGGCGACUCCAGCGAUUCUAGUAAUGGUAACGAUCCUAAUGAUUGUAGCGAGUCCAGCGAUUCUAUCUCUGACAACGAACACCUCUCAGAUUCUUGCCGAAAGGGUCAUCAGGCUGAUGAUACCACCUCCAAUAACACAUCGUCCGAUAGUGACUCGGACUCCUAUCUAGCCUAUUCUACCGGCCUGAAUCCUUACGAGAAGCUGGAGGACGAUCCUGGUAUUUCUUCCGGCAACAAUCGCCAAUCGUCGGUACUAAUUGAUGGCACCGACGUCACUAACACUUAUCCGAGUGGCAAUGCUGAUGAUCAGGAAUGCGAUUCGAUGAACGAUUCUGAAAGCAGUACUUGCAGCGAGAAGAUAUGUUUCGAAAAUAAUCGUUCUGAUUACACGGAUGAUUAUUUGAAUCCUCGCGAUACGUUUGAACAGGACGUCACGACGAAGAUACGUGAACCAAACGCCGAUCUGCAAUCCGAUGAAACAAGUCCUACUGGUCGCGAGUCGGAACGCCAUCAGGAUAAUCCCGACAACGCUUCAUCGAUGAUUCCUCAUCAAUUGAGUGUUAUUUAUGAGAACAUGGAACGCUCAGAUUCUGAGAGUCCCUAUUGCGAAAGUAAAAGAAACAUCGACGAACGGAACGAAGCUCCCUUCGAGGGAACCGACGAACCUCCCGACGACACCGAGACCAUGAUGGUCAGUGUGAGUUUGCCCUUGAGAUUCAAGUUCUUUGUCUCCGAAGAUAACGAGGACAUCACCACGGUGAUAGUCGGCGACAGUAAGAUAAAAGAGGAGAAAUCGUGUGGCACCACGAAAGAGUAUUCGACAAGAGAUACAGACGACAAGACGGACGAUGUCCGUGUCAACUUCCACAUCGGCAAUGACACCAGCGUAGAUUUCACGCUGGUGAAGAGACACGUGUCAACGGAUGAUGCCAGCACGAAUGCAAUACCACAUGUAGAUUUCACUUUGAGAAAAGAUUUUAGUCCAACCUUCGAUUCUCAGAAAGACAGUGAGAUCGAUGAAGAACAUAACGCGGAGGAAAAUCCGCGAGCAACGGAAGUCGACAAGGCGAAUCAAUAUACAGAAUCAACGUUGAAAGAUAAUGACGAUCCUAUUGUUUCCGAGUCGAUGAUGGCUACGCAAGAUAUGUCUGAAUUGAACGACGAAAAUCGCAAACUUGCUCAAGCUUCGCAGGAAUUCUGUUACAACUUUGAGAAUCUGGAUCUCGAGGAAAAAAGAAUGAUUGCUGAACCGAAAGUGGCCGAGUGCUUCUGGAUGCAAGAGGAGACACCUCGGCUCCAAGUUGUCGAUACGAAUUCAAACGCGUCCGAUAGAAAUGAAACGUCGGAUCAGCAAUACCCUAUGGACGGCAAAGAUGAGCAGCGUGUUGAAUCGGAAUUUUGCCAAAUAAGUGGAAAGCGUCUGCUGAGCGUCCAGGAUUCCCGCGAAGAUACCGAUGAUGAGGACAGCGGAGUUACUUCAGACCUAAGCCGCAUGAUAUCCGAGGUCGACACAGACUCGGAGUGCACCUCUUCGAAGAACUUGAAGAGGUACCAGCGAACGCAGACACACUCCCGACUCUUUCGGCUUCUGAACGAUGAUUCCAUUCUCACCUGCUCUGACUACCCCAAGACGGACUCCUCCUGCAGGAAGGAAUACCUCAACUUGCCGCUCAAGCCCAACGUCUUCAAUUACGACGACAGUUAUUGUUCCAACUAUUCGAGUGGCUUAACAUCUCCCGAGUACUCGCCCGUGCUAGAACAGUCCUGGCGAAAGUUUUACGAACCUUUGAGCGAGGGUAGCGCAAGUUUACCUAGUCUCGCGAUUGAUCACACAGCGGUAUGUCAAUCGGAGCAGCCGUCUUAUAAAAACGAUCCAUACUUCCGUGCCUGGAAGAACUCGAAGUCGCAUCCGGGCCCGCAGGAUCACAAUGUCGUGCCUUCUCUGGCCUACAAGAUCCUCGAUAGCAGGAUGCCCUCCUGGGCGUACAAGGUGAACGUGCUAUGCCCGAGAAUCAAAAGUACGAAGAACGUGCCGCAGACCCUGCUGACCGCCUGCCCGACACGGCAACCUGGUGGGACUAACGAUUCUGUACCGGCGGUGAUUCCUCCUAUCCCAACGUCCUGUACGAAUGCUAACACCGACUAUUGCUGAUGGCCCAGGGCAGAAUGAGGCCGUGUGUUUGCCGCCGCGAGCGACCGCACCACGAUCCACGGACAUACUUUUCUCUCGAUUCUCUUCGCAAGACGGGGCUGAGUAUGCCCGAGGCGCUACGGGCCACGUGAUUUUUUUUCUAUCGGUACAUAUCGUUUCC